AGCUAUCAUGGGGAACAUUUUUGGCAACCUUUUGAAGAGCCUCAUUGGAAAAAAGGAGAUGCGGAUUUUGAUGGUCGGGCUGGAUGCAGCGGGGAAGACCACAAUUUUGUACAAACUGAAGCUGGGAGAGAUAGUGACUACCAUUCCUACUAUUGGUUUUAACGUGGAGACUGUUGAGUACAAAAAUAUCAGUUUUACAGUGUGGGAUGUUGGUGGCCAGGACAAAAUCCGACCUCUGUGGCGUCACUACUUCCAGAACACACAAGGUCUCAUCUUUGUGGUGGACAGCAAUGACCGUGAGCGAGUGAAUGAAGCCAGAGAAGAGCUGAUGAGGAUGCUGGCUGAGGAUGAACUGAGAGACGCUGUACUCCUUGUCUUUGCCAACAAGCAGGAUCUGCCAAAUGCCAUGAAUGCUGCAGAAAUCACAGAUAAGCUGGGUCUCCACUCCCUGCGCCAUCGCAACUGGUACAUCCAGGCCACUUGUGCCACCAGUGGAGACGGUUUAUAUGAGGGUCUGGACUGGCUGGUAUCGCGAGAUCUUUAA